GGGCGGCGCCGCGUUCGGGAGCGCUCGGGUGUUUCCGUGACCCUCACGGGCCGGCGCGGCCGUUGGCGGGCGCACGGGGCCGGUUAGCCGAGGGCAGCGCGGCCUCGCUGGCAGAGCCGCUCCCUCGGUGGGGAGGAAUCGCGAUCCUGCCAGGCAGUGCAGAAGACCGCUGCUGAAAGGGGACUUCGGGGAGUGAGUGCAGGAUGACUCAGCAGGGAGCUGUUCUUCAGGGUUACAAUAAUGAACUGGUGAAAUGCAUUGAAGAUUUAUGUAUGCAAAAAGAAGAACUGAACAAACAAAUCCGGCAAGCAGAAGAGGAAAAGAAUAAACUCCAGCAUGAAAUCCAAAUCCUCAGUGAACAGCUGGAGUGUGUGUGUGAAAAUCUGGCCCAAAAGGUGGCUUCACGGAAUGAGCUUGAUAAAAUACUUGCUGAAACUGAAGCUGCUUACAUGAAGAUUUUGGAUAGCUCUAGAACUUUACUUAAUGUCCUGAAGAAGGAAGUGGGAAGCUUAAAGCAUUCACCAGAUCUGAAAACCAAUGUAACGUGAAACAGUCAAAUGUUUGGACUCUGCAGUGCUAAAAUUCCACUAGGUGAGAAACGUGGUAGCCACGGAACCUUACAGCCACAGUAUAACAGAGAGGGAUUUUCUUCCAGUCUUUCUGUACAUUUUAUUAUUUUCAAAUGCACUAGAAAAUAGAUUAAAUAAAGUUGCCUUUUGCUUUAAAAAAUCUACUUAAUUGAACACUACAAAAAAAAGCAAAUAGAUAGUUGAGGCAGAUGGGAGACUGUCAGUUUUGACAUCAGGAUGCUUCAAGGCUUGGAAGAAAGGCAUGUUGUAUUGGUUAACUUCAGAUGGCUCCCAGUAAAUUAUUAUUUGAAAACUAGUGGGUGCAAGUCAAUCAGAUACUACUUCUUUUCACUUUACAAAUGCUUAGGCUUUACUGUUGGGACUAAGUAGAAAUGAGCUAUUUAGCUUCCUCUAGGAGCUUGGAGUUCUGUCUGAUGCGUGCACAAAGACAGCCUCGUUUACAAUAAUUGCCUAUGUGAAUAAUAGAGAGAGAAGGUCAGAAAUCAGGAGUAAUGCAGAGCAUGGAGGCUUAAAUUUUAACACUGUAUGUGGUUCAUGCAUCUUCUGUUUUGGAGAACCUAUUCUCCAAAGCCUUCUUAAGAAAGGAGGCGUGCUGCAGUGAGAGUCAGGUUUGGUGCAGAUGCAGACAGCUACACCAUGAACACCUGGACAAGUAGUUCACUUGGGGGUGAGAAAAAUGUGUCAGUAGCGAUCAGAAGUCCUGAAAAACCACUGGGGUCCAGUUAAAAAUACAGAGGUAAAUACAAGACCAAAGAAGGUAAUCCUGGCUAAAUGCCAGUAAUAGAAUUUCUGGAAGCCUUUUUAGUGUCUUUUAGCUCUAUACUUAUCUAUUAAAUAAUUGUAGUAAGAUUGUGGAGAAUAAUGAGCAUCCUGAAAUAAUGUGAAAGAAGAAAGUGGUUUGCAGCUAUCAGCCUUUCUUACAGAGGACAUUAAAAUAGAACUUGGUUUAGAGACCAGGGAUGACAUAACAGCAUGGCAUAAAUUUCGGUUUAAUGCUGAUUUUUGUUUCUGCUGAACCUCUGUUCAGCAGAAAUCUCUCUCAGCAGUGUAUGUGUAUGUACACGUGCAUUUUGUCCCACUUGUUUGUGUGUUACAACAGUAACUAUUUAAGCUGUCUUGAAGUCAAAUCUUCAUUCAAUAGCAACUAAUUAAAUUGAAAGAAGUGCAGUUGAAAUAUCUGUACUUGAUAGUCAUGUAUCUCUGAGGUGCACAUAUAGAGGGAAUGGAGAUGUGAAUAGUUUUGGUAGUAGCUCUUCAUCUAUAAUAGGGAGCAAAUUUUAUGUUCUGGUUGCCAGGCUACAUCAGAGAUGAGUGUGAGGCAGCUAAUCACAGUUUACUUGUAUGGCACUCCCAGGGGCUUCCCUCUGGGGCAUUCCCAGUGGGUAAGGCAAAGGUGAUAAAAUUACUCAUUACUCAUUACUGAUCAUCUCAGAGGUAUUGCUGUUGUAGUACUGCAGCACUCAGGACCACCUUGUUUAUGCUGAAGUGAAACACAAAAAUUUUGCUGUUUUUAGUUGCAAAAAAGUGAUUUAUUUGACUGGACAUUUUUAUGACGUUCUGUCUGCCCUCAGACUGGUGGCAGUAACUGAUUUACAGCAAAAUAGGAAGACUCAGGAAAGACUAACUAAAGAGCAAGAACUUUGAGUGUCAAAUAUAAGCUGCUGCUUCUUAUUAGCUGCACUGGAACUUGAACUUGUGAACAACAAUUUGUAUCAUAUAAAGCUCAAUUAUAGGGAACAGUACAGUUAAUUUCUAGUAUUGGUCUCACACAAUAAUUACAGGUUUGUUUGCCUUAGAAUAAUCAUAAAUAAUGCUUCUUGUUCUACUGAAGCUGAUAAAACUAGAGAAGCUUUAAGAGAAGCCUUACAAGAUUUAAAAGAAAUCUAUUUCACAGCCAUUAUUAUGUCUACUUGUAGCUAUUGCAAAACUAAAUAACUGGAGAUGCUUAUUUUUUUUUUUUGUAAAACUAAGGGAAAAAUGUAAAUUAUUGGCUAUAUACUUAUGCACCUACUGGGGCCUCCCAACAUUCAAAUAAAAAGUUGAAAUGUUGCUAGAAUUCCAUUCAGUAAUCCCAGUCUAAAAUUAACAUUUAAAUUCACAUUUAAAAGUGAUAGAAAUAAUAUACCUCUAGGGCUUGCCUAUUUUUGGAAUAGGCACAUGUGUGGCAAGUCAUUGUGCACCUGUAAAGUUGCUGCUCAGAAAUAGUGUUUAGCAUUAUAUUCUGUAUUGACCCCAGUGAACCCUUUUAUUGAAGUGGUAACCUUUUCCACUGCUUUUUCAGACACUAUAAAUCAAGACAUGAAUAGCUUUUGUUAAACAACUUCACUUUGUUCAGAAGACUUGCAGACUAAGCUGAUCCAAAGUAUUGCUGGAAGAGAAAUGAUAAUUUGCAGAUGGCAGCAGCUCUACAGGGAUGCCUGAAACAGAAAGUUUACCUUGAAUAAGGCAGGUGAUAAGUUUAAAGUAUCAAACUUAUUCCCAACGUAAUUUUUAUAUUGAAUUUUAUGAUUCUGAGUUCGACCUGGUGCUUUUCUGGAGUGUUUACAGUCUAGGAGCUUUACUGACAAAAGUCGGGUUCCUAAUCGAAACUGCUUUGUUGGGUGUUCUGUAUCUUAUUUUGUGUGUGAGGAGACAGUUUUUGAAACUCCUACCUGUGCCUGAUACAGAGAUUUAGUGAAAUGCAUCUGGAAUAUUGGUCUGAAGUCCUCAAUUUAUGUAAAGGCACUUUUACCUGGUUUCCAAAUAACAGAACAUAAGUGGAAGAGAUUCCAUGCUUUUAUAGCAAUGCUUCUUGAAAAUGUGCCCAGCACUUUAAACACUAGUGAUCAACAGUUUUUUCAAAACAUUUGACUGUUGACUUCUUGCAAGUAAACUGAAGAGAUUUUGGCAGUUACCAAAGAAACUGCUCGUGGGCGGUGUGUUGAAGUAAUUUUCUGUGUGGAAGUGAUACAGGAACCACUGGGUGAAGUGCUUAUGCCAGCAGCCUUUCACACCCCAUUGCUGUCUCUUUUCAGAGAUGCUUACCCUGCAGUUCAGGUACCUCCCACGUGCAGUUUCUGUUCAUUAGUUUACAGAAAUGGAGGUGAGUGGACUGGGAGGUCACCCUGAUUUUAAGGGUAGGGAGUAAGGAGAAGGCGUGGAUGACAAGUCCUGCUUUGGGAAGACUAGUGCAUGAGGGUAUGAUAGAGAGAAGUGGAGUUUCUCUUAAUUUCUGUCUGCUCUAAAUGUACUGAGCUACUGCCUACAGUUCUUGCUACCCAAUAAAUCCAAUUUUGGAAAUCAUCUGAACUUCAUCUGAACUCUGGACUUUCUUCCCCUUUAAGCCCUCUGACGAUCAGCAAAAGAAGCAACCUGUGUUUUGUUUUCUCUCUCUUUUAAUUCUCUCUGUUGCAGCAGGAGGCUGUGGAAUCUGAGCCUCCUGUUUGCUGGGUAAGUGCUGCCAGGCUCACACAGGAUGCAGUGCUGGUGUUCCAUGUCCUGGUUGCUCUCCUUUGAACAGUCCUCAGGGAAGUGCUCGGGUUGUAUAAAGAACCUCAAGCUUUGUGUGUGCUUGGUAUACCUGUAUGUCAGAUUGACCUUGGAGAGUUUAGGCAGAGCAUUGGCAGGUUUUUGGCUCUUUGUGAGUGCAGGAGAUUUGUUUCCUUGGACUAGGAACUCUUCAGGCCAGAAAGACUAGGCAUCUUCAAAUACCCAAAGAAUUGUCCUUUCAAACAACGAAGCAAGCUGUACUCUAAACAGAGGUGCCUGGAUCCUGGAUUGCUGUUUCAGUAUUGAGAUUCAAUUCCAUCUAGGUCUUGGGGUACAAGUGUGUUCCACUCCUAAUCAAUUAAAUGGAUUAAGCUGAACUGGAAUGAGGUACUGGUAAUCCUGUAACAAGAACAUUCAAAGAUUGUUAGCCAAAGGAUCAAAUGUCUACUGUUAAUUCAUCAUACAGAUGAGUCUUGUGCAGAAGACCAAUAUCUAUUACUCCUUAGAUGAUUUUGCUUGUUAGGAGAGUUUGAGUGAUAAGGUGUAGCUUGUGGCAGUUGCCUUAACUUUGAGUAGAUUCUAGAUUCUUGGGAUUUUAUGCAAGAAGUAGACAAAACAGUUAUUUUUUUAUAAUUUUUAAAAUUUCUUUCUUUUCAAGAAUGAGCAAAGAAGUAUCAAUAAAUACUUUAGUGUUGAUUUAUUUGUGUGUGUAUUGGUGGUUUUCUUAAAGGAUGAAUAGGCAAGUUUUCCUAAAAUCAGAGUGCUUUUUCAGCUUUCCUGUAUGCGUGUGUUUUUCAAUAUAGAUGUAAAUAUUUUAUUUUUCCUCUUUUGGAUGAAGGACAGACUAGCUUUUGAUUUAAUUUGUGCACCAAUUGUUUUGUCAGUGUCUGUUUUUUUACUGGGGAGAAGUCAGGCACCGUGGCCACUUCUUGGGUGUUCGUUCUAUGCAUUUUUAAACUUGGGAUGAGUUUUUUGUUCUUUGCCCCUUAACUACUUAUAAAUCUGUCAGGGAUUUUAUUAGAUGCCCCAGAGUAGUCCUUGACUGUUGUCUACCUCAGUUGGUUUCAGAUGAAGUUUGUUCACUGCCUAGCAGUAAAACCCAGCUACUUGCAUGUUAGGUGUUGAUAAAACGUGGAGGGGUUCAAGCUUGCAGAACAGGGAGGUAUAUGGUCAUUCAUAGCUCUAGCAUGUGGGGAUUGUGUGAAAAGUUCAGUGUUGUAGCCUAUUUACAAAAAUAAGAUGUUAGUAGAAUUGGGGCUAGUAGAACACUUUCAUUUUGUAGUAAUUUCAAAAGUAGUUUACAAGAUCUUGUGGGUGGGAACAAUUUGCAGGGUUUUUUGUCUAUUUGUGCCAGACUAUGGAUAUGCUGCAGUAACUACUACAGAAAAAUUUAAAUUUUAGUACAAAUUUGGGCAUCUUAUUUAGCAGCACAGUGGAAAAUUCCAGUGUAAAAUAUAUGCAUUUUUAUCAUAGCACACCCAUUGUUUGUGACCUGAUGCAAAGCUGAUAAUAUGUGUAAUAUGCUUAAUUUGAAUGUCACAAAUGGGAAAAUGUUACUUUUAGAAUAGGAUUCAUCCCUGUUAGAGGAAAACAAGCACAUGUAGACAGAGAUCAUGCUCAGGAAAAAAGCAUUUGAAAAAACGUCCUGGCAGUCGUUCUGGAGGUGGGAUUGAUCAUGAUUCCACGGACUGUGAUGGGAGCUUGUUUCUCUCAUACCUCCCUUCAGGCCUGGGAAGUUUCAUGGGUGGCUUCUCCUCUCAGCCUUAGCAGCACUCACGCACAGGGUGUGUGUACUUGGUUCUGAAGGGUUUAGAACAGUGUAGAGUGUUCUUGUUCACUGUUUUGUGUGAAGGAGAAUGCAGCUUCCUGGCCAGCCUGAAUCAAGACACAGGAGUGUUAGAGACUAUAAAACAAAGUAAGAGGCUGAGCAAUUUUUAACACCUACUUUGAAAAAUGUGUAAGAUUAUGAAACCUAAUAGACUGGUCACAGAGCAUUUUAAAGUUAAAUCUUCAGAGGUGGUGGUUUUUGAGCUUUGUAUGUGUAGGUUCCCUUGCUUCAGUCAGAGCUCCCAUAAUUGGCUUGAGGUUUUCCAUUGAUGUGGGAUAUAUGGGAACAUUUCUAGAAAAUUAUUUACAUCAUAGUCCAUGACAGAUUUGUAAUUUACAUUUUUUUAAAAACCAUAUAGUUGAUUUAGUUGAACGUAGUAAAAAGUAUCAUAUUUCUUUCCUAAAGGCUUUCAAAUCUCUCUGUCUGUAUUCAGAAUCAGAUCAAAGUACUAUUUGUUGUUGUUACAUGAUUAUUAACAAGUUGAUACAACUUGGAUACUGAUUCUGAUCAGGCAUGUCUGUCAAUUCCUGACACAAAACCCUCUUCAUAUUCUGCAAGCUUACACUUUUUUAAAACUUCUUUUUCCGUAUACAGUAAGAGCACUUUAAGUUGAAUAUCAGCAUGAGAGAGACUGUUUUCUGAAUGUUUUUUUAAUGUAGUUAGUAUUCAGGGCUGAAGCAUACAGUGUCAAGUUUUUAAAACAAAAAACUGGCAGUAAUCCUUAUGUAGUUUUGCAGUUCAGUAAUAGAAAUCCUGCUAGACAUUUGUGGUGUUCACUGCCUUGUAAUAAGUGAGAUUAAUUGCUGUAACUCAUGAACCCAAGAUACUUUUUGUUAAAUACUGAUUCUUCCUCAAGUAUCGUUGCCGGCAUGAGUGGAAUGGAUACUCCAUUCCAGGGAAGGUGGGGUGAAAGAUGAGCUGCCUUUUUAGUGGAGACCACCAUCGGGAAAGAGAGGGGCAUCCUUGUUAGCCUUGUCCAUGGUAAAGUGAUGUGAGACAACUCAAAUGGAGUGCUUAGAAUGGUCACAGUUCUCUGUUGUGAGGUUCACUGAAGAAAGCUGAAUAAAAGAAAGCCCAGUCCUUGCUGUCAGUCACAAGGAAUGUGAUACUCGAUUGCAGCCAGGUUAUCUUUACGUGCAGGAGCCCAGGUGCAGCUGGAAGCAGUGUAGCAGCUGCAGAGCUGGGCUCCCUGAGGGUUGUUUUGCCCUGCCCAGAAGCAGUUGGCCCUGUGGACACACUUAGGAAAUCUGAUACACUCUGGAGUCACUGGUUUUGUUAGAAAAGUGUCACCUCUUCCUGUUCUUGAAACUCAGGGGAUUCUGCAUCUUAGUGACAUGUGACUUGGUGGCAUGACUCCAUAACAAGGAUAUUUAUUUUAAAUCCUGUACACUUUAGUGUUUUCUCUCUGAAGCCUAAAGUGUUCUUGCUUUAGAUUUAGGUGGUUCAAGUUCAAACACCUGUUACCAAAAAUACAGAUGUCCAAGUUCCACUGAAGCCCACAAGCCUGUAAGUUGUUGGUAUUCACUAUAUAGUACACCAAGUUCUUGGUCAAAUGCAGUCUUAAUCCUUCAGCCAAGUUGCAAACUUUGUGGCCCCUCUUAGUUUAAAAUGAUUUGCACCAGGUGUUGCAUGCUGGGUUUGGAAUGUGCUUUCGGUUUUUGUUUGUUUGUUUUUUAAUGAAGUAUUCCAUUGAGGCCUCCCGUGGCACUCUGCCAUACACAUUCAUGGUGUGCAUGUGAGAAUGUUUUCUUUGAGAGUGUCAGAAGGAAACUACCUGUACAGCAGCAAUUUAACUGAAACAAGAUUUGGGUUUAUGCCAUGAUGGUUUUGUUUUUAAAAGUGUUUAAAAAUCAUGCAUGUAUAAAUAGAUGCAUUUAUAUAGGGUAUAUAAACAAGUGCUUCCAGUGAACUGAUCGCAUAGUACCUUACAGAGAAUAUUAAUAUCUUUAUCCCCUUGAUUGACAGUGACACUCGGUAGUAAUCUGCCCCAAAUGAGGGACAGAUCUGGGAGUGGAGGCUUUGCUUUUUCAGUCUCAAUUGAAUGCUCUAACUUGGACUGGUUCCCAGGGAUUCAUGUCCUGUUUGGUGUUUUGACAUAAACAGGAUUAUGCAUUCUCAACCUCUAUGUUGGGGGAAGGGAUAGCUAUAACUGAUGAGAGGCUUUUUGCUGUUGCUUCCUCCACAUUGCAUGCAGCAUGAUGAUGAAGUUUAAAUGUGUUACUCCUUUCUCCAUAGAUAGACCCUGCAUGACAAGGUGUAUCAACUCCUGAGCACCCACUCUUGCUUUGCAGACCUGCUCUUUCCAAGCCCCUGCUGUGGGACCUGACUGUAGGAGGUGCAGCAGAGGAACAGAAAGAACUCAUAAUGAUAGUUGCUAUUUAAUUACCUUCAAAAGCCUAAUCUUUUUCAGAUACCUUGCCUUUGUAGAUCCUAUUGUUUUAUCACGCUGCUUAUUACCUUAUCCUAGUCCAUGUAAGACCAGUUUUUUUAUGCAUGGAGGCUCCUUGAUGCAUAAAGGUAGUAGGCGGUCUGAAUUCUCAUCCAAUCUGUAACAGCAUACAGAGCACAUACAACAGCAGCAGGCUGUGAGGCAACCAUGUUCCACCACAGCUUGUUUUGGUUGAAGGAGUGUGGCAGGUGGGGAACUCUAGAUAUCUGGAUGGAUGGGGCUCUUAUAUAAUGAAAAGAAACUGGCUGUAUGAAUUCAGAUUAAGAACUACUUUAACUUAGGACAGGUGGCACCUGACAGCAGUAUUUGUAUAUUCACAUAUCAUAUACACACAUAUAUAUACACACAUACACACUCACACAUAUAUAUACAUUAAAAUGUAUAUAUAAAUAUACUCAACAUUUUCAUAAGUAUAGAGAGCUCUUGGUAGAAGGCUGUCUAAUACUUCAGUAUUAUCUGCCGUUAGAAAAGACAAUUUAAACACGUUGGACGUUAACAACUUGCAUGAGGUUGUGUACCCUGUUUUUUCAGUAGCCUUCACAGUCUUGUGUCAACAUAAGCCAUCAUUUGUAGCACCAUCCGUGUCUUCCUCCUGCAACAGCUUUUGUUGCCUCUAUUUCCUACUCCUUGUUCACCAUGGUUUGAGUUAUCCCAAGCUGCUGACCAGAAACACGCUGUGGGUCAGAGAUGCUUCCAGUAUCUUGAUAUUGUCCAGACAUGCUCUGGCACACUUGGGAAAAUUGUUUGCAAAGAUAAACAGAUUACAUUCAAUGGGAUAGUGCCCCAAAAGUUAUGGUUGGAUGGGGUGAUGAUAUUAUAUUCCAGAGAAACAACAGACACCUGAUCUUAAUUUCAUCCUAAAAAAAGGGUGUGGAUCAAAGCAAUGGAUGGAUAGGAAUUUUUCCUGAUAUGCUAUGGAGAUUAAAAAACAGAAGUUUAUUUUGUUUGAAUUGAGGAUAAAUAAUAAAAUCUUCUGCAGAUAAAGGACUAUAUGAGAGACUGUAAUUUAAUUAGUAUUAAGGUUGUGUUCAGAGUGACGUGAGUUUGUUCCAGAAAUGUUUGCUCUGUGUUUGAGAAAAGAUUAUAACUUGAAAUUAGAAAGAGAAAAAGGAACAGAGUGAUGAAUCUUGCAGAUAAUGAUCUCAUCGAGGAAGCUGUUAUAGGUCACCUGUGUCUUCUUCAAAGCUCUUAGUGUGACCUGUAUUGCAAAUUAAUAAAUAUGUGCUAAGACAGAGUACAUUAUUGUAUGGCACAAUAAUGCUACUUGGAAAAAGUUAUGUCAAGCCAUUGUAUGUAUUCAGCAAUUUUCUUUGCAAUCCUGCUCUGUUUUACAACCUAGUCUAUUCCCCACUAAGAUGUGCUAGAGAUAAACAUUGCAGAUGCCUUUGUGUGCAGGGAGGACGAGAGGCAAUUAAAAGUCUGCAUGCUGUGAAGUCUCUGGGUACCAACAGUGUCUGCACAGACCUUUGCAAUGUUUUAGGGGAACAAUUGGUUUUCCUGCUCUCUGGGGUGACCAAACACAAAUAGCUUUUGAACGAGGACAGUAACUCAGUUGUUUUCACACUGGCUAAAGUCCUGCUGGUUUGCAUGAAGGUUUGCUAUUUUUAUUUACUGAUAGCAAAGUCUUGGUGACAAAGUGGCUCCUCCAGAUCAGACACUGUUUUAUUAGAGCACAUCAUUUCAUUUCUGACAAAGAAAGGGCAAACUUCUGAUAAAGAACCUGGGGCAGGGCAGUAUCUGGUAUUGGCCUGCAUCAAAGACAAGGAAAAGCACAAAAGGACAAAACUGCUGGCCAUGGUCUGAAUCAAAUGAGGUUGCCUGCAAGAGCGGCAAGUGAGAGGGCUUUUCUUUCUUUUAACUUGCUCCCUCCUACAUCAUUACUGGGCUGAGUAAGAAAAGAAUUUUCUUUUGGAUAAUAAUAAAUGGGAUAAUUUGCUUCAAGAAAAGCUAGUUCCACAUAGGAGGCAGUUAAAGCUGCUCCAUGGGAGCUUUAUUUAUUUUUUCUUCAAAAAAAAUUAUAAUGCAAAUUCUAAAGGCAAGCAGCCAUUGUAAGGAAAAGAGAAACAACAAAAUGUUGUGUUUGCCUGUCAUUGCAGACCUUUUAUACUUCAGUAAAUUCACUCCUAUGUGCACUUUCUUGGCUGCAGGUACUGCUUGUCCAAAACAUGGAUUUUUGGUCUCAGACCUGUUCAGUCUAAAAUUCCUUUCCUGAUUUUAGAUAAACUUAAUAAAACAGUGUACAUUGUUACUUAUAUUGUAUAUAUAUUAUAUAUACAUAUUAUAUAUUACUUAUAUAAGUGUGUUGUUAUGUAGAUAGGUAUAAAAUUUACCUAUAACUCUUAAGUAGAAGGUUUUUACCAUGGCUUACUAUGCCAUGUAUUACUACAAGUAUUAUCACACUGAUGUAGCUGGUGUGAGGCUUGGUUCCCAGACAUUAAGAUGACCUUUGAACUUAGAUUAGCUGCUAAGUGUUUUAUAGUUUCAGGUGUUGGCAAAGUCAGAAGCAGCCAAACAUUGAGAACUUGACUUUGCAGAUUUAAAUUAAAACUUGCAUAUUGCCUUACAUGGAACUUGCCUUUGUUUCAAAUAACUUCUGCAUCUGGUUGUGUGGUGGGAGAGCACAGCUAAAUGUUUUAAAGAGGUAUCAAAAGCCAUAGAACCAUUUAAAUUGAAAAGAACCCCUCAGAUGGUCGAAUCCAACCACUAACCCAGAGCUGCCAAGCCCACCACUAAACCAUGUCCCUAAGUGCCACAUCUAAGUGUCUUUUAAAUAAGUAAUAGCUGCUUGAGCUACUUGAUGCUACCUCUGCUACACUGGGAUUGUUGCAUUGGGAAGCUGUGAUGUAACUUGUAGUUAAAAUAAUCUCAUUAGCAGGAGCACAAAUCCCCUUUAAACUACAGUGCUACUGGAUUUCAGAAUGUAGACUUGAUUUGUGUGCUGUGGCCUGUGUAAGAGCAAAGAAGGUAACAAAGAAUAAUUUUAAAGUUCUGGAAUGAGUUUUGAGAUCUUACUUAGAAUUUAAUAGGUGCCCAAGGAUUGUAUGCCACAAGACUCACUGAAAGUUGCUGGGUCUUGUGCUGUGCUUGCUUUUGCUCUGGUUUUUAAGAUUCAGGAUUCUGCAUGCAUUUCUCAAAGGCCUGGCUCCUGAAAGCAGAGCAUUUUCUUUGUCUUUCUUCCCCCUACCCUCUGAAGUUACAUUUCUGUUUCUUAUAAAGAAAAGGCUGAAAGUGCAAAAGCAAGUAAAAAGGCUCAGAAAUGCAAAUAUAAAUAAUUCUAAAUAUUUUUCAUGAUUUAACAGUAGUCUCACACUUUGUGCUUGGCCUGAUGUGUGUCUUUUUCAGUGCCUGAAGCUGGUUAUGGUCAAAGUCCUAUGGAAAAUUUCACACCAUGUUCCUACUUAAGUCAGGUGCAGUGAUUGCUCUAAGAAAGGCACCCAUGAUCUGUGGCUGUAGGACGUCAGUGGCUUUCUGUACGUGUGUAUUUAAAUUCCCCCCUUAGUACCUUUAACAGCUGCACCCAGCUUUCCACAGCCAUUGUGGAUUACUGAACUGUCAGGGGAGCCCCUUUGAGUCCAGCCUCAGUGUGAUCUGCGAGUGCCAGGGAACAAGGGCUGGUUUGGAGAGGGAAUUGUGGCGCUUCCAGGCCAGCAGAAGCUGGAAGCCCCAUGGGAUGGCAGGGGAAGGGGGGCUGCUGGCUCCUGGGAGAGAGAGCAUGGGCUGUCUUCUGUCACAAGUAUCAACCUGACAUGAUGCUUCCCAGAACCAGGAAUCUUAGAGGAACAAGCAAUUUCUGGGCUGAAAGAGGCUCCAAGGGAUCUCCUAAUACCACAAUGUAUUUAUUCCCUGCAAGUGAAUGCUGGAAUGGUAAAUGGAAGAUGACUGAACAGAAGGGGGUUGUGGUACUUGCAGAGCUUGCUUUGGAGUCUGAAAGGCCAAAACUAUGAUCACAACAUCUAGCUGAAGACUGAAGAUGUGAUUUAGAAAUGGAACAAUUUAUCAGUCUGAAGCUAAAGAUAGAAGUAAGUAUGCUGUAUAAAGGGCAGGACAAAGACAUUUUAAUAAAACUAAUUCUGAUCAAGAGAGAGUAAGCAGCUGAAACAUCCAGAGAAAUUUUUCUGAGAGAACAUCAGAAGAACUGCCAGAAUUGUAUAAUUUUUCAAUUUUUUUUUUGUUAAAACAUAGACAUUUAGUAUCUAACAUGAAGAAAAAUUUAUCACAAUGGAAAUAAUUGAAUCCUUGGUAAAAUGAACAUGAAUUUUGAUGCCAUUCCACAAUUAUUUUUGAUAAAUGCUUUUGAUUUGGCCCAAACAAUAGCAAGGAGGCUUUGUGGGUGUCAUAAUAUGCAAUCUAGAACUGAAUGAUUUGUUUCAGUCAUCAUAAAGAGGGAACAAUAGAGGAAACAUGACAAAAAUACAGACAACAAUGAGUAGAGCUGUGCAUAAUUUUGUCUCUCCUAUUUUUAUGGAGAUCUUUGUGGUUUGCUUAAAGCCUCAGCUCUCAGAUUCAUGUAGUAAAUAAUCUAAGAUUUCAUUACACCAAAAUAAGUUUCUAAUUUCUGCAAUUGAAAAAAAAAAAAAAAGCUUAUAUACAAAGCAAGAAGAGGAACCAAAAUA